AUGGACGCCUCCUCCCUCCGCAUCUCCAAGUUCGAUGGAACUAACUUCCACGCCUGGAAGUUCAAGAUGCAGAUGGUGCUGGAGGAACGGGACCUAUGGGAGGUCGUCAGCGGUGAGAUCAAGGCGGAACAGUGCGAGACUCAGUUGGACCAAGCGACGUACAAGAGGAAGUCAAGAAAGGCGAUGGCAGUGAUCUGUCUAGCCAUGGAAGAUUCCCAGCUACCGUUGGUCCGGUCGGCAAGUGGUGCAUGCGACGCAUGGUCAAGGUUGGAAGACCACUUCGAGAAGAAGAGUCUUGCCAACAAGCUGUUCUUGCGCCGUCGCUUCUUCACGACAAUGAUGGAAGAAGGCGACGAUGUGCUCGAACACAUCAACAAGCUCAAGACGCUGGCGGAACAGCUAGAAGCGGUGGGGGCUCCAGUCUGCGAGGACGAUCUGGUGAUCACACUCCUCGGCAGCCUGAGUGACUCGUAUCAAUUCUUGAUCACAGCUUUGGAGUCGCGCUCAGACACUCUUAGCUGGGAGCUCGUGACGUCUCGACUGCUUCAUGAAGAAAUGAAGCGGAAGGAGCAAGGAAGUAAAGGUGAUGAAGCUUCGCAAGGUCAAGCGUUCAUCACAAGGGGACAAUCAGCGCAAAGGGCGACCAGUGAAGAAGUCCUGGCCGUGCCACAAUUGCGGAAAGAUUGGUCACUGGAUGGCGGACGUGCUCAAGACAGCGGCGACCGCUAUCGAUCACAACGUGCAAACGUCGCUCAAGAAGAAGACUCGGGCGACUACCUCUUUUCGAUCGGUGAAACGACAUCUGCGAAAUCGAGCGACAUCUGGCUGGUCGACUCCGGGGCGACGCAGCACAUGACGUGCUCCAAGAAGUUCAUGCGGAACUACAAGGGGUUUGACGCUGUGGAUGUCCAUCUCGCGGAUGAUGGAAUCUGA